AUGAAGGAGGGACCAGACUUCUGUUCAAGCUGGGAGAAGCGCAGAGGGAAUUUCUCCUACAGCUUGGCUUCUCACUCACUCCCUUAUUUUGGACUUAUUUCUGAUUUCUUUUACCCAGUUCGGAAUGUAUGCUUGACAACCCUAAACAAAAAUCAGCACUCGAAAAGUUCUCCAGAUUUUCUGAUCUUUGGAAGGAGAAUGAGGAUGAUGAGACUAUCGAUCCUCCUCCUCUUGUUUGUGGGCGUUCACACACAGGGCCAGACUCCAGUUGGCUCUUCUUGCACAAAAACAAUCGAAUGCCCAAUCGACCUGUACUUUGUGAUCGACACAUCCGAGACCAUAGCUCUGCAGGAGAACCCACCUGGCAGCUUGGUAGAAAGCAUCAAAGAGUUUACCGAAGUCUUUGCUAGGAAACUAGAAGACGUUAACUACAAAGGUUCAGUUCAGAUCAGCUGGUCUGUAGGAGGCCUUCACUUCUCCCAGCGGCAGGAGAUCAUCAGCACCAUCACCAAUAAGAAUGAAUUCAUCAGGUUGCUCAAACCAAUCAAAUACCUGGGCAAGGGCACUUAUAUUGACUGCGCCAUCACCAACAUGACCCAACAACUCGUCCGCUUUCCAUCCAAACCCAAUGCCAAGCGCUUUGCGGUGGUCAUCACAGACGGUCACGUGACAGGAAGCCCAUGCGGCGGGAUUAAAGUGGCGUCGGAACGAGCGCGCGAUGAGUUCAUUAAGAUCUUCGCCGUCGCGUCGUCCAGGAACCUGGAGGAGACGGGACUCAGGGAGAUCGCUAACUCGCCGGCAGGAGUUUAUCGUGAUAAAUUCAUGGCGGUCGAUCUCACAGGAGUGCGGCCUCUCUUAGUGACAUCAACAAUCGACCGCAUUUAUAACACAAUGCUUCAUCUGGCUUAUCAAGAGUGCUACUCUACAAAAUGUUUGGAGACUACAGGCCCUCCAGGUCCAGCAGGACACAGGGGACAGAAAGGAGCUAAAGGAGAUAACGGCGACCCUGGCCCUAAAGGUCAAAGUGGACGUCCUGGAGAUCCAGGUAUUGAGGGACCCAUUGGACAUCCUGGACCUAAAGGAGAGCCUGGUAUCAGAGGAGAGAAGGGAGAAAUUGGAACACAAGGGAAAAAGGGUGUUGCAGGAAUAUCUGGCCGCAAUGGAACGGAUGGGCAGAAGGGUAAAAUUGGCAGGAUUGGCGCUCCUGGCUGCAAAGGUGACCCGGGUGACAAGGGUCCUGAUGGCUAUCCUGGAAGUGUUGGAGAAUCUGGUCUUCCAGGGGCUCCGGGUGAAAAGGGGGAUCCAGGUCGUCCAGGAAGACCAGGUCCACUUGGCCUGGCUGGAGAUCCUGGACCCAAAGGAGAGAGAGGAAGCCCUGGAUCGCCUGGAAUUCCUGGCCAGAAAGGACCUCCUGGGACAGCUGGAGGACCUGGACCUAAAGGCGACAAUGGAAGAAGAGGAGAAUUUGGACCUAAAGGCAGCACUGGACCUAAUGGACCGAAAGGAGACAAGGGUGAACCAGGUGCCGAGGGACCCAGGGGUCUAGCUGGGGAAGUUGGCAACAAAGGAUCCAAGGGUGAUAAUGGACUUCCAGGACCUAGAGGCCCACCAGGAGCUCCUGGAGAAGCAGGCAGAAAUGGUUCCCUUGGUGACCCAGGUGAUUCUGGCCCUAGAGGUGAUCCUGGCCCUCCAGGACCAAAGGGUGAUACUGGCAGACCUGGAUUCAGCUAUCCUGGACCAAGAGGACCUACGGGUGACAGGGGUGACAAAGGUGCACCUGGACCCAGGGGAAGUAGAGGAGACUGUGGACCAAAGGGCGACCCAGGUAUAAAGGGAACUCCAGGAGAGCCGGGAGAGCCCGGACCCUUUGGAGAGCCUGGACAAAGGGGGCCUAGAGGAGAUGGAGGAAGAGAUGGUGACUCUGGACCAGAGGGAGACCCUGGCCUUACUGAAUGUGAUGUGAUGAACUACAUCAGAGAGACCUGUGGAUGCUGUGAUUGUGAAAAGAGAUGUGGUGCCCUGGAUAUUGUGUUUGUGAUUGACAGCUCUGAGAGUGUAGGCUUGACCAACUUCACCCUGGAGAAGAACUUUGUGAUCAAUACCAUCAACAGACUGGGCUCAAUAGCAAAAGAUCCCAGUUCUGAAACAGGGACUCGAGUCGGCGUUGUCCAGUACAGUCACAACGGGACAUUCCAAGCUAUUCGCCUCAACGACUCCAAGAUCGAUUCUAUGUCCGCCUUCAAAGAUGCUGUGAAGAAGCUCGAGUGGAUCGCUGGGGGAACGUGGACGCCUUCCGCCCUGAAGUUCGCCUACGAUGUCCUGAUUCGCGACAGCCGUCGUGCGAAGGCUAACGUCACAGUGGUUGUGAUCACAGACGGCCGGUAUGACCCCCGUGAUGACGACAAACUGCUCAAUUACCUCUGCACGGACACAAGCAUUGACGUGAAUGCCAUCGGUAUCGGUGACAUGUUCGACCAGCCGGAAGAGAAUGAAAGCUUGAAGUCCAUCGCUUGCAGAAAAGAUGGAAGGGUCAUGGGCAUGAGGCGUUUCGCCGAUCUGGUCGCAGAGGAUUUCAUCGAUAGGAUCGAGAACGUACUCUGCCCAGAUCCGGUGAUCGUUUGUCCAGAUCUUCCAUGUAAAAGUGAGCCAGCCGUAGCCAACUGCAUCCAGAGGCCGGUUGAUAUCAUCUUUAUGCUGGAUGGCUCGGAGCGCAUGGGCCAGGAGAAUUUCCGCUAUGCACGCGAGUUUGUGGAAAAUGUCGCUAACCGCCUGACCCUAGCCCGGUCAGAUGACGAUGUACGUAACGCCAGGGUGGCUCUUCUGCAGUUUGGCGAUGAAACCCAACACGAACUGGCCUUCAAACUUACCAACAACUUCACGGUCAUCUCUGAUGGCCUGGCCAACAUGAGGUACCUGGAUUCUACUUCCAAUGUGGGAAGUGGUAUUAUCUACGCCGUCGACAACAUUGUGGGCUCCCGAUUGAAUAGACGAAAUGCCGAGCUGUCUUUCGUCUUCAUCACUGAUGGGGUCACCAACAACAAGAACCUGGAGGAAGGCAUUAGCUCAAUGCGCAGGGUAGAGGGCGUUCCCACAGUGAUUGCCAUGGGCAGCGAUGUCGACAAGGAAAUCCUGGCAAAGCUUUCACUAGGAGACCAGACGGCCAUUUUCAGGGGUCAGGAUUUUGGCCAUUUGAACAAAGCCAGCUUUUUUGAGCGUUUCGUGCGGUGGAUCUGCUGAGGGGUUGGGUGGGUUUUUAUGAAAGGGGGGGAUUGGUGUGUCAUAGGGUUCAGCACAAUGCUUAGAGUAGAACGGAUGCAUUUUAUCCACCCCAGACUAAAACACAGUGUCGGAUCUGGGCUGACACUAUGUUGCUGUCUGGGACACUAAAUCUAUGCAGUUUAUGCACAUAUAUUGUGGCAAAAGAGGUAAAAAUGCACAUCAUUAUUGCUGAAAUGACAACUUAGGAAGACCUUAGAAAUAAUGCAACUCUGUCAUCAGCCUGAACUCAAUGAUGCACCAGUGGAGAUGAGUUUUGGGUACAGGAAGACACUGCAGUAAAACCAAGAGGUCAAGUUACUAGUAACACUCCAAAGAUUAUGUACUGAAUGUGUUAUUUUGAUAAAGUUGCAAUUGUAGUUUUUUAUUUCUGUAUUUUAAUGCUGAAAGGCCUCUUGCUUAAUUUUUGUUUGAUAUAUUCCUCAACACAAGGUGCUAAACCAGAGUAAGACUGGAGUAUUUUUCCUGUAUAUCGUUAUCAGAUGCACAUUGGUUAAAAAGUGCACUAAUUCAGGGGUUCAAGAAGUCGACAAAUACACUCUCCACAUUCAUUCUGUAUCACCCCUAUGUCUAAAAGCAUUGUUACAUUUUUAAGCCAUUGACUGAAAAAGGGCCUGCAGUUGCUAAAAUAAAUCUAUGCCACCUACCACAACACUUGCAUAGGAGUCCAGUGUUUUAGAUUAAAUAUUUGCUUAUAGUGAAAUAUAGAAUUUUUCUUCACCUACAUUUUAAUGUAAAGAUUAAUUAUAAGACUAUUAGCACUGCAAUCAGUCAUUUAAUUCCAAGAACCACAAUUUGACAUGCUGUUGAACACUUGAAUGAUUAUUUCCAUAGUUGCUGUCAAACUUAAAUUUAAGUACAAUAAAUCAAGCUGUGGUAACACAA